AUGAGACCUCAGCCCAUGCAGCGUCGAUCAACCCUUAAGCGAUCAAUCGAUGAGACCAGUUUCAUGGAGCCGCCCUCCAGUCCCUCCAAACGCUCUCGCGUGACUUUUGAUUCUGAUGUGGAGAUCGUGUCUGCGGACGAGGAUGAGGACGUGGAUCCCCUCGUUGUCAAAGAACAAGUACGGAGAGCAAUCGAACGACAUCGGUUUAGAGAAGACGAGGCAUACGAACGUGUGAAGGGUUAUUUCAGUACCUCGCCGGACAACCCAAAUGCGCCGUCCACAAAGGUGCUCAAGUUUCAUCUUCAGGCCCUCCUAGCCAAUGUCACAUCCCUCGAUAAGGACUGCAGUGGUCUCGUCGACGCUGUGCUGAAUAGUGAAUGGGUGGGACGAGAUGAUCAGUACUAUGCGAUUUUUGUCAGAUUCCUCAACAACCUGGCUGCUGCCCAACGCGGCUAUCAGCGCAAGAUCAUGUCGGUCCUGGUAGAUCUUCUAGGACCUCAGAAAACACGACGAAUCGAAAGCUCGACCCCUAUCCGACAAGCAAAAAUCCAUCGAAGAAUUCUGCAAGCCAUUCAGCACAUCACCAUCAAUGUUCCUUCGUCGCCCGCUGCUCUUGCCGAUCGAGUUUCCUCCCGCCUCCAGUUUGAUUUUGAUAAGGCAGAUGAGCGCAUGACCUACAUACGCAACUUCAUGGAGAUGAUCAAAUAUGUGCCCGAGCUCACGUCCGAAAUUCUCACCUGUGUCUUGCGAGAACUGAUCAAGCUUGACGUCUCGGUUCAGGUUGAUCUCGAUGAAGAAGAGGAGGAUGCGGAGGACGAUCUGCUCAGCCACAUGUCCUCGUCGCAGACACUGGUUGCACAGUCAUCUCAGGACAUGCUUGGCGGCAGACUCGACGAUCAGAGCGAUGAUAUCAGCACCAGCGACGAAUCCGAGAUGGAUGAAGAUGAAGAUACCGACCCGGCCACCGCUCGUCGGCGCAAACUGAAAGAGGAUAUCAAGCAGGUUGACCUGAUUAUGGACAUCAUGUUCCAAUACUACGCCAAACUUACCACUUCUGCUGCAAUCCAAACCCGUGAUAAUGCCGUCGAGCAGCUUAUCUCUCAAUUCCACACCCACAUCCUUCCGACGUACCGGGCCCGUCAUCCGCAAUUCUUGGUCUUCCACUUCGCCCAAGCAGACCCCAUCAUCGUCGAUCGCUUCGUCACGUCGUGUGUCGCUGUUCUUGUCGACAAGAAGCAGCCGCACCUUCUGCGGCACAGCGCUGCUGCCUAUUUCUCCGGCUUCGUCGGGCGCGGUGCCCAUGUCUCCCCACAGGUCGUGCACGAUUGCCUAGACCUGCUCUGCGACCAUCUGACCAUCUUGCGCAAAUCGUACGAGCCCACGUGUCGCGGUCCGGACUUGAAACGCUACGGCGAUUUCUAUGCCGCCUUCCAAGCAAUUCUGUACAUCUUCUGCUUCCGCUGGCGAGAUAUCGCCUCUGCCCAUUCCGACGACGAUUCCGACUUCGACAUCGACGAGGACGAAGUUGAGACAUACCACUUUGCUGAGUCGCUCCGCGAGUCACUUCGAGCGGCGAUCUAUUCCCCGCUCAACCCCCUGCGCGUCUGCACCCCGGUCAUCGUCGAGCAGUUCGCGAAGUUGAGUCACGCGCUCCAACUGUUCUAUGUCUACCCGAAACUGGAAGAGAACAGACACGUGCGAGUUACCGAGCAUAGGCGCGGCGUGUCUGAUUUGACCAUCAGCAACCCGGAUCGGGAUUUGAGUUGGGUCGGAGACAAUGGAAUGCUGGAAGGAUAUUUCCCGUACGACCCGUAUCAUUUACCCAUCAGCAAGCACUGGAUCGAGGGAGACUAUGUAGAGUGGAAAGGUAUCCCUGGAGAGGAGGCCGAAGACACAGAUUCUGAAGAUGACGCAGGGAUGGAUGUCGGGGGAGCGGACGAGGAUGACGACCUUGGUCACGAAUCCGGCGAAGGAUGA